CGCUGUUUUGGAAUCGCAUCUCAUUCAUCGAAAUCCUGGUGCCUGGAAUAAUGAGGUGACUCGGGCUCUACAAAUCGUCCUAGAAUGCCUUUACACAUACCAUUUGGAUUGCUAGGAAUCAAUGUUUACAUGACUCCACCUCAUCUGUCGAUGUUCAUCUCGAUUGUGCAGAGGAUUAAGAGCGUUGUCCGGGGAAGGAUUCCUGGUUCCAUGGAUACUAGGAGGCAUAUGUGGUCGGACAGCGACAGAACAUCUUGUUCUGGACGGGACCUCUUUGAGUUGAGUAACAGGAGUUGCUUCCCUGAUUCUUCCCCGAUAGUUGGAGGCGCAUCGCCAACACGACAUACCUUAGCUUGACGAAUCCACCGAGUCUGACUCUCGCGCGCUCGACUUUUUCUUCACGGCCACUAACCGUCCAACACACACGAGGAAUAUUCACACCGUCUCUUCCCAAGAAGCUUUUCAUUAUGGUCCGCGCAUCAUCACAUACGAAACGAUUCUCUUCUGUAGGGCAUAUCGCUGCGUCCCGCACACACUUGUCCAGUUUGAGAUUCCCAUGGUAGGAGAGGAGGGUCCCCUAAAACGGUGUGGUUACGGACAGACUGGCCUCUCUAAACUUUUUUUGGGUUGGUUGAUUAUAAAAUUAGAAUUCAUCCAAUAAAAAAACUGGACGUGUUUUGCAAUAUUGAAUUGCACAUAUUCGCUGGAAAUGAGGUUGGAAAGUCCCUUUCUAUAUUCCUACCUUUCUAAUUCUUCUCAUAACGAACUCAUGUCCAUAAGGCCUUGUUUAGGACACACUCAAAAAGACAUGAGACCAACCAUCUCAUCUUACCAUAAAUUUGUCCGAAGCAGCUUGGCUUUGACACUCUUGUCCUCCGCCAAGAAUUAUAUCAGCACAUUUGAAGCUUUUCGUGAACCUAAGCGAGUCGAAAAAUACUAUAGAGGGUCGAAUGAAAAUAACUGAUUCUCUUUGAAUUUCUGUUUCUAUCAGAAGAUAAUAUGAAGGGUUUGUUGGAAAAGCGAGAGAAUGAUUAACCCAUUAGAGUACUAGUUUCGCCAAAAUUAUAUGAGAGAAUGAGGAAGAAACCCUCGAGGGCAGGAUGGUCAAUUCCCGUUGGCCGCGAAAAAUAUGCCGGCCUGCCAUGAUUGGCAAGCAACAUAAGCUUCGUCCAAACAAUGGCAUAUAUGAGGAUCUGGGAAGAGAAGGAGAAGAUGUGAGCUCCAAUCAAACAGUGAACGGGAACCCAAUUCUCUCUGAUAAUCUCUCUGCCUGUGCCUGGUUUUUGGGUUGAACCUCUGAUAAGUUUUGAAUUCUGAUCAAACUGUUGAAGACAAAACAGGCAGAAGGAGAUGGAUUGCUCCAUAUGCAGUUCAUACCCGGUGAUCAUAAGGCCGCCGAGGAACACAAUCUGCGGAAGCUGCUUGGAAGGGAUCAAGACCGCGUUUAGCUUGAUGAGCUCUUUUGAAGGCGGUGAUGAUCAUGAAGCAGAGACCCCCAGAUUAGAAAGCAACCGCAAUCCCAAGUCUCUGGUCUCUCCCACCACCAAGAGCAAGGGACUAGCAGAUCUUAUUGAAUGGAUGAAACGCACAAAGCAGGUGGAGGAUGAACUCUCCCAGAAGAUCUCUUUCUUGGCCGGCUCUCUCGUUUCUGCUUUCCAAGAACAAAUUCACACUGACCUCAAGAUUAAGCCUUCCAAUGGCCCUCCAAUUUCUGCUCAUAGAGCCAUCUUGGCAGCAAGAUCACAAAUCUUCAAGAACAUGCUGGACUCGGACUCAUGCAAGUCCUCACCGAGAGACACCGUGACCAUCGCUGAGCUGACCCACGAAGAGCUUGAAUCGCUCCUGGAGUUCCUCUACAGAGGGAGCCUUGCGCCCGAAAAAAUGGACAAGCACAUCUACUCAUUGAUGCUUGCAAGCCACAAGUACGAAAUCUCGUACUUGCACAAGUCUUGCGAACAGCACAUGCUCGAGAAUCUGAACGUUUCCAACGCACUCGACGUCCUGGAGAUCUUGGAUAUUUGCUCCCACCAGAAGUUGAAGGACGUUGUGUUGAGUUUCGUUGUCAAGAACAUCGAUGACAUAGCUUUCUCCGCUAAGUAUGAGGCCUUUUGCUCCAAGAACCCGCAUUUGAGUGUACAGAUCACGAGGGCGUCUUUGAUUGAUGCAAGGGAUAGGAGGAGAACUUGAAAUCAUCGUUGAAUCAAAUGUAGUUGGAUGGAGUUGUAUUGUCCAUAUUCUAAUC